AUGGAUUCUUCCAAGAUCGUCAGUAUUAUCCUAGCAAUAUUUUUGCCACCACUAUCAGUGUUCCUAUCCUGCGGAUUCGGUACCGAGUUUAUUGUCGACGUGGUUUUGACAAUCUUGGCUUUCUUCCCAGGUAUGCUUUACGCCCUCUACCUGGCUUUCAAAGCUUAA